AUGUGGAGGUGCUUGAAGUGGUGCUUGUGGAAGUGGUCGAGGAUGCUGGGAUACGUGGGACGCAUGCGGCACUGGGAGUUUAGGGGCGGUCUAGGCAACUCAAAGAUCCCUGGCACUCUUGGAAAGGACCCUACAGCAAAGGCACUGGUGGACGUAGUGGAUGAACUCGUGGUUGAAGUUGUGGUAGUUGACUUUGUAGAUGUUGUGGUGGUCGUCUUUGUUAUUGACGAGGUGGUUGUAGAUGUUGCGGUUUUCGAUGUUGUUGUCAUUGUGAUGGACGAUGACGUCGACGUGGUUUGCGUCACUGACGACGAUGUAGAAGUGGUCCUGCGACUGCUGUCAUCCUGA